CCAAUAAAAGUAUUACCACAAAAACAGUGAUCUCUUUAGAACAUCAGACUUGGAUGAGUGGUACGAGCGGUGUGUUAUCGAGCCCACGUUAGCAUCGCUUGAGGAAUUUCAAGAACGUGAUAGUGGGUGGGCGCUGUCGCGUAUACAGAAUUUGAUUGUAAACGUGAAUAAGUACAAUUCUAUGCGCGCGGGAUGUCACGUGAUAUUACCGCGAGAAAUAAUGACGAAGCGUGCGGUUGUUAACGUGAAAUCGACGGACAUUGCUUGCUUCGCGUGGUCGGUGAUAGCCGCUCUAUACCCCGUAGAAAGAAAUUCAGAAAGGGAGUCAUCGUACCCACAUUAUACAAACGUUUUGAAUUUUGACGACAUUGAGUUUCCAAUCGCAUUAAAAGACAUUAAAAAAUUCGAGAGACUAAAUAACAUUUCGGUCAACGUCUACGAGUUCCAAAAGGAUCAAACUGAAACGUAUAAAAUUCUCCCGCUGCGACUCUCCAACGACAAGAAGGAGAAGCAUGUUAAUCUGCUAUACGUGCAAGAUCCACGCGAAGACAACGUGGGACACUUUGCAUGCGUUCAAAAUCUAUCCCGCCUGGUGGGCUCACAAAUUAGCAGACACAAAUGUAGAAAAUACAUUUGUGACCGGUGAGUAAUAAUUUUAUAAACGUUGUAUUAAUUUUAUAAUAAAAAAAUAAAAAUUUAUGCUAUUUUUUUACAGAUGUUUACAUUACUUCAGUUCUGUGGAAAAGUUGGAUGUCCACAGCGUAGAGUGUCAAAAAAUGAUCGACUGUGCCAUCCAACUACCUACUGAAGACGAAAAAUGGCUGAGCUUCCGCAACGUCAACAAUAAGGAGCGUGAGCCGUUUGUCGUCUAUGCCGACCUAGAGUGUACAUUGGAGAAGAUGGAGAAGAAGGAUAUGGAAAUAUCGUACCAACAGCAUCAUCAUCAUCAUCAUCAAGUAUUUAGCUUGGGAUGUUAUGUACAUUGUUCGUACGAUGACGCAUUAUCGGGGUAUUAGUUUCAUCGCGAUAAGGAUUGCAUCGCGUGGUUCGCUAAACAAUUAGAGAAAUUAGCGCAUCGCGUAAAAUCAAUUUUAUCUGCUAAGGUCCCCAUGGAAACUUUAUCAAAAGAGUAAUGGGAAACAUAUCGUAACGCAAAGCAGUGUCAUAUUUGUGAUAAGCCGUUCGCACCGGAUGAUACACGAGUGCGAGUUCAUUGUCAUCUCAUCGGUCAUUAUCGCGGUCCCGCGCAUUCGCUUUGAAA